UGAGUUUCUUUCUCCACCAUACACAUCUUUUUCCUUGUAUAAUUUUUCACAGAACAAAUCAAAGUUAAAUACAUUCAUCUUCCUCUUAUAAGAGGGGUUUCUGCAGAGGACUCAUUGGUUUGAGUUUCUAUAGAUUCUUUUAGUUUUCCUUCUUUUUCUUUUUCUGGGUAACUUUUUAUAUUGCUCUGGGAUCUCAAAAGAGCGUAAAGAUUAGCCUUCUCAACCUCACUCAACCUCUCCUUUUCUCCACAGGAUUUGAUAUCCAAAUCAAAAGACAGCCAUUGAAGCUAUUUUGUCGAAGAAGAGAGAUGCUGCUCAGAAGCUCUUCAACACCAGUUCUUGGAUCCCUCCUCCCCUCCUACUCAGACAGCCCCAACAACAACAGCUAUCACUAUGAAACCAAUACCACCAUCAAGCACCCACCAAACAUCAUUCACCCAAACCACAACAAGCUAUCCUCACUCCACCCAACUGGGUCUCUCAAGCUAUCCUCAUGCAGCUCCUCUCCAAUCUCUCCCUCUAUUGCUGACCUCGACCGCAAUAAAGGCUUUCGAAGAGCUCAGUCUGAAGGAAACUUGGAAGAACUAGCCUAUAUUUCUUGUAACAGCAAUGAAGACCAAUUCUGUGAAAUGAACCUACCCAAGAAGUUUCUCGGCAGACACAUGUGCUCCAUGUUGCAAACUAUACCGUCUUUCCAAGGUGGACGUGAAGAAGAUGAAGAAGAAAGUGAUUUAGAGGAUGACGAAGAGAGAACAGAGUUGGAGGAAAAUGAAGAACUGUUAGAGAGGAUCAUGGCUGUGGAAGCACAAACUUCCAAUUCGGAGAACAAAACGAAAAACAUGAAUUUGACAGAGGUGAAUGCUAAGAACGAAAGUUGGAAUCUGGGUUUUGGAGAUGUAGAGCUUCUUGGUCAAGAGAUGUUCCUUGCAAGAGGGCUAGGCAUUGGUGGUGGUGGUGGCAGUGGUGGCGGCAGAGAGUUCAACUCAGCAGGCUCUGGUGGCGAUGGCGGGGACAAUCCAGAUGUUGAGGGGCAUUAUAAGAAACUGGUGGAGGAAAAUCCUGGCAACCCUUUAUUUCUGAGGAAUUAUGCUCAAUUUUUGUACCAGACAAAGAGAGACCUUCAGGGGGCCGAGGAGAACUACUCUCGUGCUAUCCUAGCAGACCCCAAGGAUGGUGAAAUUCUAUCUCAGUAUGCUAAGCUAGUAUGGGAGCUACAUCAUGACCAAGAUAGGGCUUCAAGCUACUUUGAACGAGCAGUUCAAGCUUCUCCUGAAGAUAGCCAUGUUCAGGCAGCAUAUGCUAAUUUCCUCUGGGAAUCGGAGGACUAUGAGGAUGGCUGUGAUGUGUCGAAAGAUCUUGAAGCCGUGCCACCACAUUUUCAUGCAGCUGUGGCGUCUGCAAGUGCUUAAAUGGUGGGAGCUCUAGUGAACAAAGCAAGUAGAUUGUGAACACAUUAGAGCAUCAAGCUGUUGAAACCAUGUCAGGGGGGUUAGAGAGAGAAGGGAGGGAGAGGGUUUCCUUUUCCAGAAUGACUUUUAUUAGAUGAUAGCAACUCGCUUUUGAUUCCUCCAUUCAUACGUAUUUCAAACAUUACAUAUAUGGAGUUAGGUAAAAUUUCAUGUGAUGUACUAUGUAGGUAAAGUGAAAAUGCAUGCUCAUGCAAAUUUUACUCAUAACUUAGAAAUUCAGAUAAAAUAACAGAGUUAAUUUUCUCCAGUA